AGCUGCUAUACAAGUUCUCGCCCAGAAGUUGCAAUUGACCAAUUGACGACCGAUCGCGACCGAUUGAAUAUCAGGACAUACAUCAAACACAUUAGCGACUUUCAUCAUGCCACCCCAAGUCGAGACCCGCCAUCACCUCCCGCUAGAGACGCUCCAACCGUACCUCGUCCGCUCGCUCGCGUCGACCGUCUUUUCACCUACAUCGUCUAGCCAGGCUGGGUCGAGCGGAGCUCAAAGCGACAGCAAGAGGACAGGAUGGGGAGACUUGAAGAAGGUCAAGCAGUUUAGCUUCGGGCAGUCAAACCCCACCUACCUCUUAGUGGACGAAAAGGACAACCACCUCGUCCUCCGCGCCCGACCCUCCGGAGCCCUGAUCUCCCCUACAGCCCACAACCUCUUGAGGGAAUACACCGUCCUCUCCCGUUUAAGCGCUUACAACUCUUACCUCGUUUCCCACCGCACGGACCUGAAAUCUAAAUCCACGUCUAAUUCUAAAUCAGGUCAAGAAGAGGAUGACGAUAACGAAAACGAUGACGAUGUGGACGAAUGGUUGGUACCGGUCCCCCGUACUUAUGGGUAUUACCCCGGGGAUGAUAAAAGGAAAGAAGGGGAUGGGUUGGGGGUGGAUAAUGUGGGGAUGCCGGAAUUCUACGUGAUGGAGUUCAAGGAGGGGAACGUUUUUGAGGAUUGCGAGUUUCCCGAGUUGGACAGGGAGGAGGAAAAGGCCGAGUGCUGGAAAGUCGCCAUCAAGACCCUAUCCAUCCUCUCCACCCUCCCGCUGGACGUCCUCGACCUCCCCAAAUCAUUCGGACCUCCUCCGCACAUACCCGUCCCGUUCUACGAACGUCAAGUCAAGGGCCUCCUCCGCGUUAGCGAAGCUCAGGGCCGGACCAAGAUCCCCGUUCACCUGCGGAAAGACUUGCUUGGGAAACCGUACCCGAAGGAAACUACCGGCAAGAUCGAAGGUGAGGAGACGAUGGUGCCUUACCUUCAGAGGGGGGCGAAGCGGGUGGGAGAGCAGGAGAAGGGGAAUGGGGUGUGGGGGUUGGUCCAUGGGGAUUAUAAGAUCGAUAAUUUGAUCUUCAAGAGGAAUGAGAAGGGGAGGUGGAAGGUCGUCGGGGUGUUGGAUUGGGAGUUGUGUACGCUAGGGUCGCCGCUCUCGGACCUUGGGAACCUGACUUUACCGCACUCAAUCGACCCGUCCGACGUACCGGACGAAUGCAAACCCGCCUCGAUCUCCCACUCCCGUCUCCUCUCAUCUCGCGGUCAACCGCAGUUCCCUCUGGACAACAAACUACCCGGCACAUCCAACCUCCUCAAAGGCCUUCGUAAUAUAACUAGGGACGUUCUCUGUGUGCCACACGUCGAUGACUUGGAAAGGUAUUGGGUUGGGUGUAUGCAACGUGGGGAAGCAUGGAAGGAACGGGUGAUGGAUGUCUGGAUCGCCGAGGGGGGAAAGAGGACCGAGUCGACCCCGGUCGUCGAGGGCAGUCGAUGGGAACACCCGAUCAAGGGUUUAGCUUGGGUCAGGAGCUGGAUGUUGUGGAGAUUGGCCAUCAUCUCGCAAGGAAUCGCAGCCCGAUCUGCGCUUGGUCAAGCGUCUUCGGCAGCAGCGACAGUAGAUAGCCUGUACUUUGACAUGUUUGGGCGCUUGGCUGGCAAGUGUGCCGAGGUGGAUGAAGAGACCCCGAAGGAUGGGUCCGUAGGAGUCAAGGCAAAGUUGUAGGUUCAGAAUCAAGAAGACGGCAGUACAUCUAGUCAAAGCAAAGACCGUCCAGUCGUCGGUCGACGGAAAGGGGAGCCCUCGAUAGGACGAUGCUUGUAACGCUCUUCGACCGCUAGACGUUUAUAGUUGUAGAUUUCGAGACAGUCAAGUAGGGGUAGUGCAGACUCAGGUUCGCAACCCG